AUGAGGAGCCGGAGCAACUCGGGCGUACGUCUGGACGCCUACGGGCGCCUGGUGCAGCAGACUAUCCUCCGCCACCAGGACGCGGUGACGGGGCUGCUCCCCGCCAGCGCCGACUACCAGGACGCCUGGGUCCGGGACAACGUGUACAGCAUCCUGGCUGUGUGGGGUCUUGGCCUGGCCUACCGCAAGAAUGCCGACCGCGAUGAGGACAAGGCCAAGGCCUACGAGCUGGAGCAGAGCGUGGUGAAGCUGAUGCGGGGGCUACUCCAGUGCAUGAUGAGACAGGUGGACAAGGUAGAGGCCUUCAAGUACAGUCAGAGCACCAGGGACUGUCUGCAUGCCAAGUAUAACACCCACACCUGUGCCACUGUGGUAGGAGACCACGAAUGGGGUCACCUACAGAUGGAUGCUACCUCCCUCUACCUCCUCAUGCUUGCACAAAUGACGGCCUCAGGCCUCCACAUAAUUCACAGCUUGGAUGAAGUCAGCUUUAUCCAGAACCUUGUAUUCUACAUUGAAGCAGCCUACAAAACCGCGGACUUUGGCAUAUGGGAGCGUGGGGACAAGACAAACCAGGGCAUCACCGAGUUGAAUGCCAGUUCUGUCGGCAUGGCCAAGGCUGCCCUGGAGGCACUGGAUGAGCUGGAUCUUUUUGGAGCCAAGGGAGGCCCACAGUCAGUGAUACGGGUGCUGUCAGAUGAGGUGCAGCAUUGCCAGUCCAUCCUCCACUCAAUGCUGCCCAGGGCCUCCACGUCCAAGGAGGUGGAUGCCAGUGUGCUCUCUGUCAUCUCCUACCCGGCAUUUGCUGUGGAGGACAGUGAGCUGGUGGAAAUCACCAAACAGGAGAUUAUCACGAAGCUGCAGGGGCGGUAUGGCUGCUGCCGGUUCCUCCGGGAUGGAUACAGGACUCCCAAAGAGGACCCCAAACGCCUCUACUAUGAACCUGCUGAGCUGAAGCUGUUUGAGAACAUUGAGUGUGAGUGGCCUCUCUUCUGGGCAUACUUGAUGAUUGACGGGAUUUUCAGUGGAAACAUGGAGCAGGUGCAGGAGUACCGGGAAGCCCUUGAGGGGGUUCUCAUCAAGGGGAAGAAUGGGAUACGUCUGCUGCCGGAGCUGUAUAGUGUUCCACCGGAUAAGGUGGAUGAAGAAUACAGGAAUCCACACACUGUGGACAGGAUACCCAUGGGCAAGCUGCCACACAUGUGGGGACAGUCCCUCUACAUCCUGGGUUGUCUGAUGGCCGAGGGGUUUCUAGCUCCCGGUGAAAUAGAUCCCCUCAACCGCCGUUUCGCGACUGUCCCUAAACCUGAUGUGGUAGUCCAAGUGUGUAUGCUGGCUGAAACAGAGGGGAUCAAGGCAAUCCUGCAGAAGGAAGGCAUUGACGUGGAGACUGUGGCAGACGUCUACCCCAUCAGAGUGCAGCCUGCUCGCAUUCUCAGCCACAUCUAUGCCCGGCUGGGCCGCAACAAACAGAUGUGCCUUACUGGACGGCCCUACCGGCAUAUGGGUGUCCUUGGGACCUCCAAGCUCUACAAAAUCAGGAGGAACAUCUUUACCUUUACCCCACAGUUCAUAGAUCAGCAGCAGUUCUACCUGGCUCUUGACAACAAGAUGAUCGUGGAGAUGCUGAGGACGGACCUCUCCUACCUCUGCAGCCGCUGGAGGAUGACUGGGCAACCAACCAUCACCUUCCCCAUCUCCCACACCAUGCUCGAUGAAACCAACAGCAGUGUCCAUCCCACAGUGCUGGCGAUGCUGCAGAAGCUGCAGGAUGGGUAUUUCGGUGGUGCAAGAAUUCAGACUGGUAAAUUGUCGGAGUUCCUGACAACGUCAUGCCGAACGCACCUCAGCUUUAUGGAUCCUGGGCCAGAGGAGGACACUGACGAUGAGGUUGCUCAGUAUCUGGAUCACUUGCUGCAGCGCACGACUCCCCAGUCAAACCUGCCUCCCACCACCCAGCGGGGAGGGCUGAGCCGCUUCAGGGCUGCUGUCCACACCACCCGUGACCUCAUGUCCCUGGCAUCCAAGGCCAAGGACCUGCAUGUCCAGAAUGUUGGGAUGUAUGUCCCCAGCAGGAUCUUCCAGGCAUCGCAGCAGUCGGUCAAGCUGUUGAGUUCACCCCACCAGCAUGACUUGGAUGGCAAGAGCCACACACUCUACGCAGAGAUGAACUUGCCACGUGACAAGGACGGCAACGUGGACUGCAAGGCACUGGUGGACCAGCUGUGCAUCUGCCCCACUCUGCAGGAGCAAGCAGACAUCCUUUACAUGCUCCACAUCCUCAAGGGACCCGAGUGGCACACAGGGCUUGAUAGUGAGCCUGGCCCCACAGUCAAGGAACUCCUCACUGAGCUGUAUGUGCGGGUGGGGGAGACACGCCAGUGGGCCCUGAUCCGCUAUAUCUCUGGCAUCCUCAAGAAGAAGGUUGAAGCUCUGGAUGAGGCCUGUACUGACCUCCUGUCUCACCAGAAACAUUUGACGGUGGGGCUGCCCCCAGAGCCACGUGAGAAGACAAUCUCCACCCCGAUCCCCUAUGAGGAACUCGUUCGCCUUAUUGAUGAAGCCAGUGAGAAGAACCUCAGUGUGUCUGUCCUCACCCAGGAGAUCAUGGUGUACUUGGCCAUGUACAUACGCACACAGCCUGCACUGUUCGCUGAGAUGUUCCGCAUCCGCAUUGGGCUCAUCAUCCAGGUGAUGGCAACAGAGCUGGCACACUCCCUGCAUUGUUCAGCUGGAGAAGCCACAGAGAACCUGAUGAAUCUCAGCCCAUCAGACAUGAAGAGCCUCCUCUACCACAUCCUCUCUGGCAAGGAGUUUGGGGUGGAAAGGAGCGUGCAUUCAGUGGACUCGUCGCUCACCACUGCUGUCUCCAUCUGUGACAUGGAAGCUGUCGGGGCCACCAGGCCUGAGCGCACUGGCCUUGUCAGGCUGAAAAGUGAAAUCAAACAGCAAUUGGAUAAACGUAGGCAGUCUCUGCCUGGGAGUAAGCCGCUCAGUUUGCAGUCCAGGGACACCGACCUCAAGUCCUUUCUGUCUGCUGGGCACACAGAGCUGCUGGGCAAGGACUCCUUUUCAAGCAUGCUAGAAGACCAGGGCAGUAAGGACAGCCGGCAGGGCCAGUGGCAGCGGAGGCGCCGGCUGGAUGGGGCCCUUAACCGUGUCCCUGUGGGCUUCUACCAGAAGGUCUGGAAGGUCCUGCAGAAGUGCCAUGGCCUCUCUGUGGAGGGCUUUGUUCUUCCCUCCUCGACAACCAGGGAGAUGACCCCAGGGGAAAUGAAGUUUGCUGUGCAUGUGGAAUCUGUCCUCAACCGUGUGCCCCAGCCAGAGUACAGGCAGCUGCUGGUGGAAGCUAUCUUAGUGCUCACCAUGCUUGUGGACAUGGAGGUGCACACCAUUGGUGGCAUCAUAGCUGUGGAAAAGAUCUUGCACAUAGCCAAUGACCUCUUCUAUGAGGAGCAGAAAGCCCUGGGCGCUGAUGAGCACAUGCUGGAGAGGGAUCCUUCGACAGGCAUCUGCAGCCUGCUGUAUGACAGUGCACCGAGUGGCCGGUUUGGCACCAUGACCUACCUGUCCAAGUCGGUGGCCUUGUACGUGUACGACUUUCUGCCCACAGAUGGCUGCUCCAUGCAGUAGCUCUUGCAGUUCCUCACUGAGUUGUACGUGCCCUGGGAUGGUUGUUUCAUACAGCUUGUAAAGAUGAACGCUAGGUUAGUUUGCAAGGCAGCCUGCGUGGCCAUCUCUCCUCCCAGCCCUUGCCUCUUGGUGGGUGAGCAGCCCUCUGAGGAACUCCACAGGAGGCAUGUGUCCUAAAGUGAGCUGUACCUGUGUGGCCUGCAGAGCAAGGGAAAGGCUGAGCUUUGAUGUGUGCCUGUGUUAAAAGGUUCUGUCUGCAUGACUGCUCCUGAACCAUUACCCCUGGAAAGACCUCUGUUUGAGGAAGUUGGAAAGGGCUCCCCUGACCAGACCUGUGUGCUCAGCAUUACAAUGCUCUCUGACCAGCUCACACUCUCUCUGCCUCCAUCAGGUUUUCAGUUUUUAACCUCUUCUGUGCUGCUUUUUAUUCUAAAUCCGGCAGGAUUUAUGCUAGUGUAGGCUGAGGUUCUUGCUCUUCCUGCUGCUGAUGGAAAAGUUUUGAGAGAAAAAUAGGGGAUGGUGCCUUAGCCCUUCUCCCAGCACAUCCAAAAUCAAUAUGGUCCAGCGCAGCCACAGCCGUGCUGCUUGGAAGCAGGCAGCCCACCAUCCCCCACUGGGUGUCCUGUGUGCAGAGCUGGGGAGGUUGUGGUAGCUAGGAUCCCUUUUAUCUCCAAGCUGCUAGUCCUGGGCUUCUGGCUGGCUGGGGCAUGCCAGUGGCAGCCCCUCUGUGCCAUCUGCUCUAUCCCUGGCAGCGGUGCUAGUGGCCAAGUCACAGGUUCCUGAGUUCUUGUGCCCUGUGAAGCAGCUCUGAGGUGAGGUGACUACUUGGUGUUACAUGUUCAAUCAAAACCAUGGUUUUAAUGCUCAUCUCUGCUUCUGCCCCAUCUCCCACAGCCUGGCACAGAGAAGGUUGGGGACACAGUGGGUCCCUGCUCUAAUCUAUUCUGCAGGUCAGCCCCCACUCAGGAUAGUGCAGUUGGACUGCUGAGGGUCAGGCACACAUGCCACAAAGUGGUGGAGGAAGUGGGGUUCCGUUUUGGCUUCCUAGUUCACCUCCCUAAGACUUCAGGUGUGCUCCAGUACACUCAGCACAUUGAGCAAUAGGCCAAGAACCGUCACACCCUUUGACCUUGCAAUGUCCCACAGCUUGUCACAGGCCAGCCUGAUAUCAUCUAUGUCCCCCUCCAAGACUGGUUUACAGCUGUCACUGAGCACAGCUCUGAGCAAAGAUUCCCUUCUCCUUUGGGAAAGGUUGAUCCCAUCUAAGAUACUUUAAAAAGUAUUAAAAAACCUGAAAUUGUGGCAGUGACAUCAGCCACCAAGCCAUAUAUUCUACAGACUGAGUUCAUCUCUUUCAAUGUUCCUGCCCAAAACUGGAAGGACAGACGAAAGAACCUGUGUUCCAGUAUCCCAUACCAACCAUCCCCAGGCCCUGACGUCUCCUUUGAUUGCCCUUGGACUAUGAGUUGCAGUUUCAUUGCCACCCACUUGGAAGAGCAGCAGUGGAUAACAGUCUGAAACUGAAGCCGACUGGGAAGUUUCGUAGUGCUGUGCUUAACCUGGGCCCCAGGGAGGCAGCAGACUUCCCUAAAAGGACUGUCUGUGUGGCAUAUUGGGCCCUCAGAAAGGCGUCACCUACAACUCUAACCCAUCUUUCUCGUGGAGGUGGACCUGGUCUGGGGGUGUCACAGCUAUGGCAACGCUUCUGGUGUAGAUGGGCUAAAAUCCACGUCACCCAUUGCCUGGCCUUCCAUGUGAGAGCUUCACACAUGCUGUAUAAAGGCACGUGGGGAGGCAAAGUGGGCAAGGAGGGCGUUUGCCUCCACACACUCUCUUCCUUUAAGUUACUGCCUUCACCUGGCAAGGGAGGAUAUAGGAUCCCCUUGAACCUGUGUAUUUUGGGCUGGCUGUUCCUGUCAGGGAGGGCAGAGCCUGGUUCUACCAGUCUUUCUCAGUCUUUCUCCCUUAUGCCCCUUAUUUCUAUGUCCUCUCAUAGCUGAGGCAGGCAGAUGUUGGUCUCACGGAACACCACCGUUUUCACUACUGCUCUCCUUCCCAGUGAAAGGCUCUGGCACUCCUUGCACCCAGAGGCCUGGAUGGCUGUGUGUUUUCAUGGGAGUUCUGUCUGAGGGGCCAUAUCCACUCUAGGAAGCACAGCAGAUGUGGUUUCUACCAGGUGGAUGUCACAGCCUGAGCUCCUUCUGAGAGGGUGAUGGACAGCAGCUGAACUUGUGUCUUGAGCUGGCAGGGUGAGGGGGCCCAUGCCAUGUGCCAACACUGUGCCCACGCAGCCUGUGGUGCACCCGGGGCUGGCUGUGUGUGAGUGCAGGGGUGGCCACCAGGCUGAAAAUCGGCCAGUCCACUGUGGAUAGGGCUGGCUCCAGAGCCAGAUGUUCUCCUCUGUGUGUGCUUGUGUUUUCUGAUGUCAGGGUUGGUUUGGCCUCAAAGCCAGCUGGUCUCUUGGGGCAGCAGCUCUUCUGUACAGAUGGCUGUAUGAAAGAUCAUGCUAUGAAAAAAAAGUGUCCAUAAAGGAGACAGAGUAGUCCUGCAACUUUAUCCAAAUAAAGGGAGAGUCCACUGGGCCAUCAUCCCGCCAGAUCCUCGA